GCGCUGGCCGCCCGCUGUCACUCGCUCAGGCUGGCCGGGGGAAGGGACCCGCACGCCAGGCUUUGUUGUGGAAAUCCCGGUUACCUGGCUAAUAAACCACACCAUGGAUAACUUAUUGGACUUUGCCUGAAAGGAAUCAUUAGUGUCAUUGGAUAUUUGACCAACCUGGCUACAGGUUUUGUCAGAAUGAAUGGAAGGUCAUGCAGCAUGAAUCUCCACCGGACAUCAGGAACCCCACAGGGGCCUGGGAUGGUCAGUGGCCAACACAUUCCUCCCAUUCGAGCCCACUCGGGGACUCCUGGCCCCUCGUCCUGUGGCAGCACACCAAGCCCUGCCAUUGGAAGCCUUGCUAACAGCCUCCAUCUCAAGAUGCCCUCAGGAGGAGGGAUGGCUCCUCAGAGCAACAUGAAUGAGAGCCCCAUCCAUCUGCCUGCCUUGAGCCCCAGGAGACAAGUGCUCACCAGUGGGAAGCCACGUUUCCAGGUGACCCAGGCUGGAGGCAUGUCAGGGCCACACACUUUAAAGCCAAAGCAACAGGAGUUUGGAAGCCCCUUUCCUCCAAAAUCUGGGAAAGGGGCUCUUGGCUUUGGGCCUCAGUGCAAGUCCAUUGGAAAAGGCAGCUGCAACAAUCUAGUGGUCACCAGCAGUCCCAUGAUGGUUCAGCGACUGGGACCCAUUUCACCACCAGCAAGCCAGGUCUCUACAGCAUGCAACCAGAUCAGUCCUAGCUUACAGAGGGCAAUGAAUGCAGCCAACCUGAAUAUACCUCCUUCAGAUACCAGGUCCCUUAUUUCGCGUGAGUCUUUGGCAUCCUCAACUUUGAGUCUGACAGAAAGUCAGUCAGCCUUGAGCGUGAAACAAGAGUGGUCUCACGGCUACAGGGCUCUCCCUUCGCUCUCCUCCAACCACAGCUCUCAGAAUGGCAUUGAUCUAGGGGACCUCCUCAGCCUUCCUUCUGGGACAGCCAUGCCCAGCAACAGUGUCUCUAACUCAUUGCCGUCCUACCUGUUCGGGAUGGAAAAUAGCCACUCUCCUUACCCUAGUCCCCGGCACUCUUCGGCCAGGUCCCACUCGGCCCGCUCUAAGAAGAGAGCACUGUCCUUGUCCCCAUUGUCCGAUGGCAUUGGGAUAGACUUCAAUACCAUCAUCCGCACCUCGCCCACGUCCUUGGUCGCCUACAUCAACGGGUCGAGGUCCUCCCCGGCCAACAUGUCCCCACAGCCAGAGGUCUAUGGGCAUUUCCUGGGGGUGCGCGGCAGUUGUAUUCCCCAGCCAUGCUCGGUGCCAAGCAGCCAGAAGGGCGUGCGGGUGGCCAGUGGCGGCCUGGCUCUUCCAGCCUACGACGAGGACAGCGUGCCGGAGUAUGAGCGCAUGCAGCAGCUGGAGCACGGCGGCCUGCAGCCCGGCCUGGUCAACAACAUGGUGGUGCAGCAUGGCCUGCUGGACUCUGACGGCCAGCCGGUGGGCCUGCUAAAGACGGAGCGCCUGGAUGACUUCCCGGGCGGCGCCCUGGACUUGCCCCCGGCACCCCCUCUGCCUCCUCUGCCACCUCCGCCCCAAGGCCCCCCGCCCCCCUACCACGCCCACCCGCACCUGCAUCACCCAGAGCUCGUCCACCACACCCAACCGCUGGCCCUGCCUCAGGCCGCCCUGGAGGAGGAUGGGGAGAUGGAAGACGUUGGGGGCAAGCACUGCUGUCGCUGGAUCGACUGCAGCGCCUUGUAUGACCAGCAGGAGGAACUUGUGCGGCACAUCGAGAAGGUUCACAUAGAUCAGCGCAAAGGGGAAGACUUCACUUGUUUCUGGGCCGGUUGUCCUCGAAGGUACAAGCCAUUCAAUGCCCGCUAUAAACUGCUGAUUCACAUGAGAGUCCACUCGGGGGAGAAGCCCAACAAGUGUUCGUUUGAAGGUUGCAAGAAGGCCUUCUCAAGGCUCGAAAAUCUCAAGAUUCAUUUGCGGAGCCACACAGGCGAGAAGCCUUAUUUGUGCCAGCAUCCGGGCUGUCAGAAGGCGUUCAGUAACUCCAGUGACCGCGCCAAGCACCAGAGGACACAUCUGGACACUAAACCUUACGCUUGUCAAAUUCCAGGAUGCACCAAACGCUACACAGACCCAAGUUCCUUAAGAAAGCAUGUGAAGGCACAUUCUUCCAAAGAUCAGCAAGCAAGGAAAAAGCUGCGGUCCAGUGCAGAGCUCCAUCCUGACCUGCUCACAGAUUGCCUCACCGUGCAGCCCCUGCAGCCCGCCACUUCCCCACGAGAUGCUGCUGAUAGGGCGGUGGGAUGCUCCCCAGGGCCUGGGCCUGACCUCUAUACAGCUUCAGUUUUCUCCAGCAAUCAUUCAAGCCGAAGCGGGACAGCUGCUGGGGCCAUGCCAACCCCACAUCCUGUCAGUCACCCUUCUCCGGGACAUAAUGUACAGGGGAGCUCCCGCAACCCCUCCUCCCAGUUACCUGCACCCACAGCUGCGGACGCGGGAGCUGAGAGGUUUGCACCUUCUGCUCCAUCUCCUCACCACAUCAGCCCCCGGAGAGUUCCAGCUCCUCCUUCAAUAAUGCAGAGAACACAGCCUCCCCAUACCCAGCAGCCCUCAGCAUCACACCUGAAGUCUUAUCAGCCAGAAACAAACUCUUCUUUUCAACCAAAUGGAAUCCAUGUCCAUGGAUUUUAUGGGCAGCUGCAGACAUUCUGCCCCCCACAUUACCCUGACUCUCAGAGAACCAUGCCGCCUAGCAGCUCCUGCAGUGUGGUGCCUUCCUUCGAGGACUGCCUGGUCCCCACGUCUAUGGGCCAGGCUGGCUUUGACGUUUUCCACAGAGCCUUCUCAGCUCACUCGGGCAUUACAGUGUGUGAUCUACCUUCGGGUUCCUCAAGCCUUUUUGGGGAGUCUCUUCGCGGUGGACCUGAAGACACCACGUUCUUGCAGAUCAGCGCUGUGGAUCGCUGUCCUAGCCAGCUCUCCUCUGUCUAUACUGAAGGCUAAAGGCUCCCCUAGCCUCCAAUACCACUGGCGUCCAGAAUCUUUUUGUUCCUUGCCACCUUUUCUUCUUAUACUUUCACAGACGAUAAGAAAAAGGAUGUCAAGCGAAUCAACGGAACCUGCCAAGUCCCAGGUGUGUCUUUGGAGGGCAGGGCUGAAUGGUCAGAGCUGGGCUUUGUAGGUGUGUUUGCAGCUGCUCCUUUUUCUCCCUGGGUUUGCCGGUGACCAGCAGGACUCUUUUCAAAGGGAAUUCAGAGUCUCACUCUACCGGAUACCUGUUACUUCCUGGCUGCCAACCUUCAAAGGACACCAGUGAGAUGAUGUGCACGUGAAAGUGUAAUUUGGGGAUUUGCUGAAACUCCAAACAAGGAAGGGCGACCCAAAUUGCCAGAAGCACAGUGAACUGUCCCACCCAAGAGCCAGGCACAGCAAGGGGAACCCACUUCCAAAGCACAGCAUGGGCUCAGCUCUUGGAGGACCCCAGGUUUCCCAGUGCCGGCCUGGCAUCCAGUGAGCUGGCUGCCUCUCUCCUCUUAGAUAUUCCCACGCUAACCAGUUGCUUUUCAGUGUUUCUCCAAAAGCAAAAUGAGAAGGUUCUGUCAAGCACAGGCCCUUGAGAAGCACUACAACUUGUUUUAUAUUCAUGCAACCUAUCUUAGUUCUUUGAUUUUAAAGACUUGUUAUUUACUUCUACUUUUUAAAGGAAAAAAAAUAUUUAGAGGUCUGUUCUUUGGAUGGAAAUAAUUAUUUUAAUGCCCCCAGCUACGUACACCUUGCCUCCGCUGCGGCUCUGCUUGCCCGCACCCUGCAGCACCUGUGAGCGCCCGGAAUGUUAGUGUUGCAUUAGCAAAGGCUACCUGAGGGACAUGGGGUAGGCCACCCUCUUCCCAGUGCUGCCACAGAGACCCUCGUGAGUUGACUCUUCAGCGGCUCCACCUCGAAGACAUUUUUCAAAGGAAAAGGUCACUUGACUGGCUCACCCAUGGCCUCCGCUCUGGUGCUCUGCCCAGGGACCUGCUAGAAGCUGUGAGAGCAGGGACACACGGAGGUGUGCUCCUGGGUUCUCAGAAAACCAAACUAGAGAUGCCUGAUGUCUGGCUACUUUGCACAGCCUCUGCUCCCUCUGUUAGGAUCUCCCCUCACCUGUCUGUCUGUUGCUCCCUUGCCUUCCUUCUCUCCCUCUUUUUGCAUCGCUCUCACCAUCUUCUUGACUGUGGUUCAGACAUGCCCACCACCCGCCAUUGCCUGCUCACCACCUCUGAGCAACGUCUGGCCAAAGGCAGGUAGAGGGGACAGUUCUGGAAAGGUGGCCAGAAGGAGGCAACCUUUCUGUCUGAAACUCUGUUUUGAGGGCCUGGAAUUUACCCAGAGCUCUUGGCCAUUUGAUCUCAAACCUGAAUAGAAUGCCAUUUUCUGUGACGCCUUUACCAAGUUAUUAAAAAGAUCCAGAGUCCUAUGACAUAGGCUAUAAAAAUUGCCAAAACCCCAAAACACCUGGUAGAUUCUGACAUUCCAGAAGUAUCGCCUCUCACGAUUUCUUUUCUCUCUCUUUAAAAAUGUUCUCUGAGGGAAAAUGAAACAAUGCUAUUUGUCAAACUGGGAUAAUUAUAAUCUUCAACAAGACAAUUAAACAGCUUGGUGUCAGACUUGGGAUCCGGUAACAGUUUUUAUCCUGACAGACAUGUCCUUCCAGUCUGGCUGCACGGUCGGUAGUGUUCUGCCUGAUUCCGGACUUCAUUCUGACACGAAGUAGAAUCAGCCGAAUAAAGAACAAAGUGCAGGGUCCAUUUUGACAGUGCACUCAGCCAGUCUAGUUUCUCUGGCCAGUGGGCUCUGAUCUGAGGAGAGCCAUCAUGCAGGCAUCCAUGUCUGCGAAAGAGACAAGUCAUUCACUUUACAAAAAUCUGCUCUGCUUUACAAAAGAAUUCACGUCAGGCUUUCUUUCCACAUGAGUUCUCAGACGGCACACAAAGUCCCACCCCUCUGGCAGGCUUUGUGGGUUGUGUCACUUGGCCUAACCA